AAAGCAUGCCAAAAAGGUGCCGCCCCAUGCGGAUUCUCCGAGAAACUUUUGGCAGGAGAACAAUGCAAACGCCUCUAAACCCCUAAUAAGGAAGGAAGGAUACGAGGAUACCGUCUGGCCGACCACUCUAAACCCAUGAUAAGGAAGGAAGGAUCUAGCGUUUAGCGUCUUGUGUGCUGUAGAUCCUUGUUCAGCAUGUUGUUCAGGAUCUAGCCCUAGCCCUGCUAGCGUCUUGUCUUGGUGCAUGCAUAACGCACCCAUUGGUACAAAUUUUGGCAUGGGUGGGUUAACCAUAUCUUACAGAGAAAUUGUUUUAGUGUGUAUUUGGUGGACUUUGAACACAAUCUGCGAGUUUUGGAAUGUUAAGCAGAACAACUUGGCGGCACAGCCGGCGAUGUCCGUAGAAGAUGCUGCAACCUCUGUGUGGUGCCGUGGUUCUAAUUACACGGAGAGGAUGUGCAUCUUUAGAAAUCUUUAUUACAGAGGGGACACUGGGGACUUUAUCUUUUUUCAUGGUCAGAAGUCUUCUGCUUUGGGACUCGUUGAAGGCAGACUCGAAGUGGCAGAGCUAUCUUCUAUUUCUGACCACAGUGCUUUGUAUUUCACUUACACGGAUAUGCCGAUUAACGAACUCUCUCGUUUUCACAUAUCAACGGUACAGUUUACUACGCUGAUUAUGAGCAGAUUAAACCCGGACAACAUAAUGCAUGCGAUUCAUGACGACUUGGUACCUAUAUUCUCUACCGCCCGUGAACUUUGCGCGUGCGAGACUUGCGCGGAAAUUCAUUCUUACCUGAGCAGCUUAACUGUAUUUUUCGCGGACAGUCGACAAAAAGGCCGAUACUGGGAACUGUACAGAAUGUUGCUUCCCAAAUCACCCAUAUUGGGUGUGAGUUUAAAGUCGUCACAGUUGGUACGCCUUGAGAAAGCUAUAGUGGGACUCAGGAAAGAGAGUACAUGGUAUCAGUAUGGAUUCAAAAGUCCACAAGGGCCAAUACAGGAACACUUCUCACAGGCACGGUUGGAAGUUGCACAAUUUGUCGAGUAUUUCCGUAAUGCUGCAGGAGUGAAGCUAGCUGCAAAGAGCAGAGGCUGUGCAGUCUUUUUAAAGAGAACACAAAACAGACGUGUGCUCAAUGAAGACGCUCUGUUGGCUAUGGUCAGGAGGUAUACCGGUCUUGAAACCAUCGUACUGGACAUAAACAGCGAACCCAUGUCGUACGUUAUAAAACUAAUAAGCAGAGCAGACAUGCUCACUGCCAUGCAUGGUUCAGCACUCGUAUUGUCCAUGUUCCUGAAACCAAAUUCUGCAGUAUUGGAACUGUUUCCUUACGGAAUAAACCCUGAGCAUUAUACUCCAUACAAGACGCUAGCCCAUUUGCGAGGCAUUUUUUACUUAUCAUGGAGAAACACGAAUAAAAGCAACACUGUCGCGCAUCCAAAUCGCAAACCACACUUAGGAGGUAUCAUGCAUCUUUCACCGGAAGAACAGCAGAAGGUCUUGGACAGUGACAAGGUCCCUCAACACCUUUGUUGCGAGGACCCAGAGUGGUUAUUCCGAAUCUAUCAGGAUACAGUAGUGGACAACUCAAUCGUGCCACUUCUAGAAAAGAUUAGACGUGCAAGACAAGACUACACUCAUCCUCCACGAGUUGACAAACUACUCCCAGGAUUUGUGAGAGAUGUCGAAUGUCUCGUAGAAGAGGUCGGCCACCUGUUGGUUCGCUGGAAGGAACCGUGGAACACAAACUAUGUUACAGACAGUGACUGUCAAUACGAAGUGUGGCUACAAACUGAAAGUGGAGUAACUGCAGUGAAGACACGAUGCUGUUACUAUAGUGUCAACAUAAACGAGACAGUGUUGAAAAUUUGGGUUCGAGCAAUUUGUGCGGGAAACAUCGGGGGAUUUAACGUAUUCCCUGCUCAAUGCUCGGUGGAGUAGAUCAAGAUCACAUGUGACUUUCAUGUUGCUUUGGCAUUGUGGUGCAGUAGCUGCUUUUCAGAAUCAAGUUCUGCUAAUUUGUUUGAGAAAUUAAAGCUUUUUCUGUGACAUAUGGUCAUCAAAAUUUGUCUACUGGUGUAUAAUUUGUUAAAAUCGAAUGAUUCUAUACAGGAUUUUAUGUCGCACAGACAUAUUUUCAAAUGGGUUCACACCUUGAUAAUGGACCACCACUGAGGUCAUGUGGGACAAUCAAUGUAUCGUUAUCAUGUUUGGUCACAGCUGUACACAUUUAUUAUGAAGACAAAAUUUGCAUUUGUUUUCGUUUUUCAUGGUAACAGCCGUGUGAUCACGUGACCCACAAUUUCCAAGUCAAAGCGUGUCAGCCAUUUGUUUUAAGUGUUUAUAGCUGCUAUGGCUCGUUGUUUUACCAGUGUUAUUAAGAAAUGUGGUGACUUUUAUACUACAGCCAGUUUGUGUGGCCAUACCUUGUAAACUGUAAAAAGUUAACUCUGGAUAAAAUAAAUGUCAUUUAGUUGAUGCA